AUGGAGCGUCGGAACCGCCGAGCGCGCUUGUCGUCUGCGUACGACGGGAUUGGCCGAGCGCUGACCUCGCGCAAGUUUUCCGUGAUUGGAAAUUACACGCUGCAGCGGUCCAUCGGGCAGGGCGCGUAUGGAAAAGUGCGCAUGGCGACGCACAGAUUGACAAAUGCACGCGUUGCAGCAAAACAGAUUCCCAAACAGCACGUCGCGAGUCUCACACGGGAAAUCCAUCACCACCGCCGACUGCAUCACCCAAAUGUGCUGCAGCUUUAUGAAGUUAUUCAGUCUGAAUCGUGCAUCUGGAUGAUGACAGAGCUGUGCGAGGGAGGUGAGCUGUAUGAUUAUAUUUUAGCGCGUGGCUCGCUGCCGGAGGCAGAAGCGCGCAAUAUGUUUGCUCAACUGUGCCUAGGCGUUGCCUACAUUCACGCCAACGGCAUUGUGCACCGCGAUUUAAAACUGGAAAAUAUUUUGCUCGACGCGGCACACCACAUCAAAAUUAGCGACUUCGGCUUCACGCGCGAGUACGAGCGUGGUGAAAUAAUGCUUACACGUUGCGGCACGACCGCAUAUGCAGCACCAGAGAUGCUAGCGGGACUGCGCUACCACGGGGCGGAAAUUGACAUUUGGUCCUUGGGCGUGAUUUUAUUUGUUUUGCUUUGUGGCUAUUUACCGUUUGACGACGACAACGAGGCACAGAUGCGGUGGAAAAUUAUCCAUGAGCCCGUCGAAAUACCUCCGGGACUGUCCGCAGAAGCGCACGAUUUGCUCACCCAGCUGCUUCAAAAAGAUCCCACACGGCGGUGCUCCAUUCGUGCGAUUCUCUCGCAUUCCUGGUAUACAGGCACAGCCAAACCUUCUGCAUGCGACACAGCGUCGUGCCCUUCAUCGCCUCGGAUACCAGAGCGCAUGGAUUACGUGGCCAUGUUGAGCAAUCCCGUGUACGAACCGUUUGAAAGCGUGCACGAGCAGCAGCUGUUUCAAACCUUGCACACGCUUGGUUUUGCUGUUGGCCAAAUUCGUCACAGUGUCAUGACCAACGCGUGCGAUGCAGCCGGCGCUUUGUGGUGGCUUUUGGUGCGCAGGAAGGGUGCGAGCGCAGCACGGGCCCACACAGUCCCGGCUUUCGAACUGUACACCACGCUGCCUUUUGCAGAGACAUGCGAGACACCACCGACUCCGCCGCUGCGCCAGCAAUCGCUCAUCACUUACGUCACGUCUUGGCUGCGUACGGACCGCAGCUGGUGGCAACCGCCUGCAGGACCGGAAGCGCUUAACUACGACGCCCAGGGAGACGAAUUGUCUUCUGGCGCUUGCGACUCUCGGCAAGCUUCGCCGAGCCCACUAACGAAUACCGCCGAGCCCAGCGGCAUGGACACAUGGCGCGCUGCAGAUUUGCUGCAGCAUACACAGACCCCCAUGCUGCGGCGCACGUCAAGCACGGCGAGCCGCAAUUCAUUGCACCGCGAACCCAACGUUGGAAGUAGGCGUUCGCGCCGUGUCUCGCUCGGGAGCUCGUUCAGUCCGCCAACAACUCCUCAAGUUGUAGACGGGCCACUAAGCCGCGCAUUAUCGUGGAACUCGGCUCGUCGUGCACAUAGCCGGCAGGGGUCCUGGAACGUACCCAAAGAAACCUCUUCAAUCCGCGCACACGUGUCAAGGCGGAGUAGUCUGCAUGCACCCGGGACUGUGGCACAGAAAAGAAGUGCUUCUAUGGCGAGCGAUUCGUCGGACAGGGGCCGCGAUGAGCAUCUUGCAGCUGCAUUCCAUCGCCAGACGAGCAUAUCUACCAUGUCGGACACGAAGCAAGAAAACGCUUUGUUCAUUGCUCGUCGUACCUUUUCCCCCUUUAAGGGGCCGCUCCCACUGCCCGACACAGAGCCGAAAUCACGAGCGCCGCUUCCUCGUAAUCCUGCGCAUAUUCAAGGCGCGCAAUUAGAAAUCGUGCCUCCAAGUAUGGCGCCGUCCUCGCGCGAUGUGUUUUCGCAGUCCAACGAAGACGAUUGGAUUGAUGAGGAAGUACAUUAUGCGGGCGGAAUUGGACAGCUGGGCACGGCACAAGCGCCCAGCAAUAGGCGCAGUGCGCUUGACAGUCCCAACCCUUUUAGCGUGCAAAGGCCAUGGCGAGAGGCUCCGGUAGCGUUGGCGUCCGCAGCGAGUGCUACGACAGGUCAGCCGAUGCGUGGGAUGAAUUUACGGCGCGAAGUGCCCGCUGCGGUGAUUGAGGAGGAAGAGGGGAAUGGGGAGGAGACGGAUGCUGAGAAAGAGGCAGGAUAG